UGAUGGGAAUUCCCCCUCCCCCUCCCCCCAGGGGUGGAGGACGCCGAAAACUGGCAUGGCAAGCCCAUGCCGAAAGACCGGGUGGCUGAGAUGCUGCAGGAGAUCGAGGGGCGGAUCCAGACGGACAGGCGGCUCUGCCCAUCAGCCCCAGUGGAGGACGCGCCCCUGGUGGACAUCACGGACAUCGCCCUGCCCUCUCCGCCUGGGUACAAACCCGGCGACAAGAUUAGCGUCGCCGUUGGCUGCGCCACGCGGGACCGCACGGUGGCGUUUGCCAGCACCUUUGCCGCCUUCCUUUCCCGCGGCUAUGACCAGAUCCGCAUGGCCGCCAUCUCCCAGAGCAACGCCAACUUCUCGGGCUCGCACUGCGGCAUCUCCAUCGGUGAGUCUGGGGGGGGUGGGGGGGUUUUGCCCGUGUGUCUGCUUGGCCCUCUGCCAGCCAAUCACCGCACCGCGCGCUCCUCGACCCACAGCGACCGGGAUUGUGUCCCGGGUUUCCCGUCUAAUUUGGGUCUUCCGACGUUGUGCCGACCAGAACCGUCCGCGACACUCCCAAGUGCGGCCGCGCCGCAGUUUUUGUCCAGCCGCAGGCGUGACCUCGUGGCUCCGAAACUCAAUCCCUCUCCCGAUAAAAGCCGACACACCGUACGCUUUCCUGUCGACCCUGGGUGGCAACCUUCAGGGAUCUAUGUACCUGGAGACCGAGAUCUCCCUGCUCACCUACACCACCGUUAGCCCAGGACUCUGCAUUCCUGUCACUCCUUCGUUUCCGCCAGCACCAAAUCCGAUGUGGCCUCUCCCCUUGUCAGGAAACCCUCCUGCACACGUUGGGCGAAAACUGACCCAUCUCAACGACACAAACUAUCGAGUUCCCAGCCAAUAUUUGGAAAGCUUAAAGUCCCCCGUACUCUUGCUCCUGUCUCUGUCUGUCUCUGU